AUGGGGAAGGGCGGUUUCGGCAAGCGCGGCCCUGGUUGUCAGUUUGACAAGGGCGGCGGCAAGGGCGGCAAGAGCAUCCCCUCGGCGGCCGCCCUCGAGCACGAGAUCGCGCUGUUCGACAGCGGGGGCACGAAGAACGAGAUGCGCUGGUCGCGCUGCAAGCAUUGUGGCUCUCAGUGGACCCCGUUCCAGCCAUGCACGCCCACUUCCUUCGGCACGCCUGGGGGAGUCUGGUCGGCUGGCUUCCGCAGCAACCUGCCGUUCUCCCCCUUUGCUGCUGCUCGUGGGCCACCAGGCUCCUUCGCGCCUGGCGACCAUGGUGGCGGCAAGGGUGGCAAGUCGCCAGGAGGUCCACCCAAGCCAGAGGCACCUCUUUCUCGUGAAGAGCACGCGUCUUUGGCGGAGCUGCUGGCCAAGGCUGGUGACGCUAUGGGAGCGGCUAAACAUCGUGAGCUGGCCAAGCCUCCACCUGUGGCCAAGGAGCCCACCCUGCAGCACCAGGUUUCCAUGGCCCACAGCAAGCUGCGAGGCCUCGAGAGGAAGUUGCAGGGCGCGGUUCAGAGGUUCGAGGAGUGGUCGGUGCAGAUGGUGGAGCAGCGUGCUUUGGUCACCAAGUUCACUGAGGAGUGUGAGCAGGCCGACAGUGAGCAUCGUCGACUGGUGGCUGCACUUCAUGCUCAGACGUCGGCGGCCGACUUGCAGAAGGUGCCAGAGGACAAGGUCGUGCCUUGUUCGCUGUCAUCAAUCAUGGACGGGACCUUCACGGACAAGCUGGUCAUUGACCCCUCGGAGCUGCUUGGAGGCGUCGAGGAUUUCGAGCUCUCGGAGGCCGACAAGGAGGAGCUCGAGAAGAGGGGCAACCAGCUGCGAGAAGGCAUCCAAAAGCUGGCACAGCGGCUGUUCGCGCAGGCCUCCGAGACUGCCAAGAAGAUCCAGGCGGAGAUGCUGAGUCUGCCGCAGACGUCGCAGCCACUGGUCCAGAGGCAGCAGCAGAGCAGCUUCCAGAGGUUGAUGCUGAAGCUACCGCGUCUGCAGCUCUACGUCAGCGG